AUAAAGGUGGGGUGGCUGGCCCCUGCGCCAGAGUCUUCGCCGAGAGUCGCCGUGGUUUCCUGCUUCAACAGUGCUUGAACGGAACCCGGCGCUCGACACCCACCCCCAUCCCAGCCAGCUGCCCAGAUCCAUCCUCCUGCCACCUCCUCACCGCGCCCUCGGACCACCCCGAGGUCCCCGCCACCGCUCCAGCGCCGCGAAGCCGCCUGUCCUCAGCCGCCAUCAUGACCACGUCCGUAUCGCAGGUGCGCCAGAACUACCACCAGGACUCGGAGGCCGCCAUCAACCGCCAGAUAAACCUGGAGCUCUACGCUUCCUACGUCUACCUGUCCAUGUCUUACUACUUUGACCGCGAUGAUGUGGCCCUGAAGAACUUUGCCAAGUAUUUUCUUCACCAGUCUCAUGAGGAGAGGGAACAUGCUGAGAAACUGAUGAAGCUGCAGAACCAACGAGGCGGCCGGAUCUUCCUCCAGGAUAUCAAGAAACCAGAACGCGAUGACUGGGAGAAUGGGCUGAAUGCAAUGGAGUGUGCAUUACACUUGGAAAAAAGUGUGAACCAGUCCCUGCUGGACUUGCACAAGCUGGCCACUGAAAAAAACGAUCCUCAUCUGUGUGACUUCAUCGAGACUCACUACCUGGAUGAGCAGGUGAAAGCCAUCAAAGAGCUGGGUGACCACGUGACCAACCUGCGCAGGUUGGGGGCCCCUGGAGCUGGCAUGGCCGAGUAUCUCUUUGACAAGCACACUCUGGGAGACAGUGCAGACAGCUAAGCCUCAGGCUGCCUUCCCGCCACCACGGGAGUGACUUCCCGGGUCACCAAAGCAGUGCGUGCAUGUCGGAGUCACCUUUACCUUUUCUAUAACUUGUACCAAUCAUCCACUUACGUCCUUCAUUUGUACCGUCCCUUCAAAUAAAGUAAUUUGGUACCCA